GUUUGCAUUUUCUCUCGCUACUCUUACUUUGUUGUCUCUCCCGUUCAAGCUGCGUUGUUAUAAAGAAGCUUGUUGCUUGUCGUCCCACGAGAUUAUUCGAUCUUUUAUGCAGUUCAAGAAUGAGUUUGAUACUCGUGGUUGCAACCAUAGUGACUACUCUAAUGGUGUCUGGUGCGACAAAUCGACGGGUGUGAUCACGAAGCUACAACUCAGGGCCUGUCUGAGUGGAACUCUAAAGCCAAAUUGUAGCCUCUUUGGACUACAUCAUCUUCGUUACGUUAGUCUCGAUUACAAUAACUUCACCUCCUCUUCACUCCCUCCGGAGUGUGGCAAUCUCAACAAAUUAGAGGUUUUAUCUCUUUCCUCUAAUGGCUUCCUCGGACAAGUUCCUUCCUCAUUUAGUAACCUUAGCAUGCUUUCCUUUUUAGGCCUUUUCAAUAACGAGCUCACUGGUAGUUUCCCACUUUUGGGGAAUCUAACCAAGCUCACAGUUUUAGAGCUUUCUCAUAAUCACUUUUCCGGAACUCUAAAACCCAACAGUAGCCUCUUUGAGUUGCACGAGCUCCGUCAACCUAGUCUCACCUAUAACAACUUUAGUUCUGAACUCCCUUCCGAAUUUGGCAAUCUCAACAAAUUAGAGGGACUUGCCCUUUCCUCUAAUGACUUCUUCGGUCAAGUUCCUCCCACAUUUAGUAACCUAACUUGGUUAACCGAGUUGUACCUAAACCAAAACAGGUUCUCUGGUAGUUUCUCGCUAGUACAAAAGCUAACCAAGCUCUCCCUUCUAAAUUUUCAUGGUUAUUACUUUAGUGGAACCAUUCAUUUUUCUCUCUUCACUAUGCCUUUCUUGUCAAAUCUUGAUCUGAGUGAAAACUAUCUCUCUGGUUCUAUUGAAUUGUAUAAUUCCUCUACAUCAUCUAGCCUCGAGUCCAUGUACCUUGGGAAUAACCAUUUUGAAGGAAAAAUCCUAGAGCAUAUCCCAAAGCUCAUCAACCUUAAGAAUCUCGACCUUUCUUUCAUAAACACAAGUUACCCAAUUGACGUAAGCCUCUUCUCGUCACUCAAAUCUUUGUUAUACCUUGAUCUUUCCGGCAAUAGUAUAUCUCCUGCCAGUUUAAGUUCAAAUUCAGACAUCCCACCGAACUUGGAGAUCUUGUUCUUGUCAAGAUCCGACAUCAAUGAGUUCCCAAACAUCAUAAAGAUCCUUCAGAAGUUGGAGCAUAUAGACAUAUCUGGAAAUGGAAUCAAAGGAAAACUUCCAGAGUGGUUAUGGAAUCUUCCUCAUCUCAGCUCAGUGUUGAUUACAAAUAAUUCGUUUAGUGGGUUCGAAGGUUCAACGGAAGUUUUGGUAAAUUCCUUAGUGAAGUAUUUAGAUAUGCAGCUAAACAAUUUUGAAGGAGCAAUUCCUAUUCUACCACUCUCUAUCAACAUAUUGGCUGCACGGGGCAAUAGAUUCACAGGGAGCAUACCUCUUUCAAUCUGCAAUUGUAGUUGUUGAUCUCCGGAAGAAUAACUUGGAAGGAAGUAU